AUGACGAUUGUGCACAUUAACGUCGGUGGGACACUGUUUCAGACGAAAUUAUCUUCUCUUCAAAGAUUUCCUGAAACUUUGUUAGGAUCUAUAACAACAACAUCAGAAUUUUACGAUGAAGAAAAUAAAUACUUUUACUUUGAUAGAAAUCCAGAACUUUUUAAUACGGUAUUGGACUAUUAUAGAAAUGGUGUUAUCCAUCUCCCAACACAUUUGUGCGGAUGGUUAUGGAAGUCUGAAUUGGAGUUUUGGAGAAUUUCUUUAACAAAUAUUUCGGAAUGUUGUUUCCAAACUUACAUCAAAUAUGAAGAGAAAGAAGCUACAGCUGCAAAGUUAAGAGAAAUAUUUGCGACAAAGCCAUUAGCAAUGACAUACUUACUUACUCCAAUAAAUAAAAUUCGACACAAAGUAUGGAUGUUAAUCGACGAACCUACUUCAUCUAGAUAUGCUAGAGUGUUCAGCAUCAUAUACCUUGUAAUAGUUAUUGUGUCAGCAACUAUACCAUGCCUGGAAACACACCCAAACCUCCGAAUACAUCUUUACAAUGAUACGUCGAUUUACUGGUUUUUCCUAUUCACUCCUGACACAUGGGUCAAUACCGAUAAUCCGAAAGAAAUCAUGUUUACCACUACGCUUGAACCGAGUUGGCUUUUCGAAUUAAACGUGUUUAUUAUUGUUUUCUUCACAUUAGAAUCUUUAGUACGGUUUAUAACGUGUCCAUCGAAAAGCAGAUUUUUCUUGGAAUGGUUGAACAUUCUAGAUACGUUUUUAAACAUAACAAUGUGGUCACGCUUUAUGGUAGAUAUGUUUGCGAACGUUGAUGCUGUACUUGAGAAAAAAUUUGAAAGUUUGAUGUACUUUUACAGUUUUUGUUCCGCUGCCUCUGUAUUGCGCUUACUUAAGUUUUUUAGAGUUGCAAAACAGUACAACAGUUUGCGAGUAUUAUUUUUGGCAGUGAAAGCAAGUGUCAAGGAAUUGGGUCUACUUCUGCUGACGUUUCUAAUAGUUGCAUGGGUAUUUUCAAAUUUGAUUUACUACGCUGAAAUCAAAGAACCGGAUACUUUUCCAAAUAUGUUGGAUGGAUUAUGGUGGGCAGUGGUUACCAUGACUACCGUAGGGUACGGUGAUAUGUAUCCAACAGGGGCUUUGGGUCGUUUCGUUGGGGCGAUGUGUGCAAUGUGUGGAUUACUAGUUAUAGCUAUGCCGAUAGCAGUCAUUGCUGGAAAUUUUGAUGAUCUGUACAAGAAAAACAAUGAACGAGAAAGUUAUAACGAGAUUCAAAAAGAGAAGGACACAGAAAGAAAACUAUCUAUUAAUUCAAUCACUUUUAAAGAUAACAAAAUAGUUCCGUCCCAGAAGUCAAAAGUGGAUAGUUAUAAUAAAACAUUUCCGUCCAUAGAAAAGUGAGGAAUGAACAUGUGCAUAAUUUGUUUUAUAUACGCUGAUGGCGGAUAUUUGGUGCCUUUUUUUUAAUUAUUUCAGGUGACUUGAAUGCAUCAAGAAUCAAAGUGUAGUGUUGGGAGGUAAACGACUAUAUUGUAUUAAAGCGUAUUUAUAAAUUGCAGGAUAAAAUCAAUCUUUUUAUUUUCGACACGAAUCAGGAGGAAAGAUUAGCGAGCCGCGUACGCGUUUUUCUUUCCCUUUUUUAGCACGUUGAAAAUAAAUUUGAAAUUUUCAAAUGUACGAAUAUGGUAUGUAUAAUUGUUUCUAAACUGCAGGAUAAAAACAGUAUUCGAACAUUGUGGGAGCAUUUUUAAUCUAUUAGUACGUGCUACGAACAG